UGUACACAACACCAUGAACGAGUGGAGCUGUUUGAAGAAACAAAAUGCGUUGAAACAUUUCAGAAUUACUUUAUAUCAAGAACACUACUGAUCGGCAAGUUUGAAGAUCAUUCAUCGAAUGACAAUUGUUGCAAAUAUUCAUAAAAAAGUAAUAUUCAAGCAAGUGUUUGUUCUGUUGCAUCAUGGAACUAGAAAAUAGCCCCAUAUCUGCAUCACCCAAUAUGUUCCAACAAUUAAUUUUGAAUCUAUGUCCUGAAGUUGAAAACAUAUUCUCGGAUCCUGCUCAGUUUGCUAUGGAUGACGCUGAAAAUUUUGAAAGCGAGGAAUUAAUAAAUCUAUUAAACAACAGCCUGGUUGAACUAAAUCGACUAAUUAUUAAGUUUUCAACAUUUUCCUACUCGCUCUUCUGUGGGCCAGCAAAAGUAAUUUACAUUCCGAGCGAAACAUACGAAAAAAUUAGAGCACACCUCAUACACUUUGAGGACAAUGGCGAUUUUAAAGAGCAUGAUUUUUACUCCAGUAAAGUGAUAGAAGAGAAUCGCAUAAAGGGAGAUUUUGACAUCGUAACAGCUGUGACAGUAGAACGAGCACGGUGUGCUUUGUAUCGAAACAAUUUGAAAGGAGCGAAGCAGCUUGCAAAUGAAGCUUUAGAACUCGCCGAAAGCACGCACUUCCCACCUCUUUUCCAGGCGCAAGCUUUUCUCGUCAUGAGCCGUUAUUACAGGAAUAAGCGUCUGUUAGGGAAAGCGGAAAAGUGCCUAAACUUGGCUAAACAAUAUUUCGAGUUCGUUUACAGUAUAGAGGACUUGGCGCAUUACUAUGAGCUAUGCGGAAGUUUUCUUGAUCAAUUUUUGGGAACGUCCGGAGAACGAACCGAACAGCUGAAACAACUCGCUUUAACCAACUUCCGGCAAAUGAGCGAAAUCAGUUCAAAAGAUUCAAGUGCCAGUCAGCGUGUUGAUAAGAAAAACAAGCCUUAUUCCAUGAUGAGAAGCGCAAGGAUUUAUUUAGAUUCGAAUUCUUCCCACGGUCGAAUGAACCGAACAGUGCAGGCAACUGCUAUUGCUAAGGCCGCUGAAAUUGUCGAGGUUAUAAAACGUGACCACCUUGAAAGUUUACCACACGGGACUACAAUCCAAUUUCAGUUGGUAGAAAGUGACUUGUAUUAUAGACAAGGAAAAUUCGCUGAUGCUUUUAAGUUACUUGAAAAAUGCUGGGAUGAAGUACUGCAGUUUGGAUACAAAACGGAAAUACCAAAAAUCAAACAGCGCAUGCAAGAAAUACGAGGACGCCAGCCAGUAGUCCAGGAACGUCCACGUUUAAAUAGUAUUGGUGAAGAUUCCAUUAGUGAUGACGAAAGUGGUUAUUAUGGCCAUUACGAUGAAACAUCACAGAGCGAAAGUGACGGAUAUUUUUCGUCAAAAUACUUUUAAAACCUCGAGCUGUUAAACCGGUGUAUAAAAUAUACCAAUAGCAUCGGCUCUAUAUAUGUUAUGGUGUAUUUGAUAUCACAAAGGUUCAACCUGCGAACUGGCUUACUGUCGACCACGGCACGUUAAACUCGUUUUCCCGCAAUAGGCAAAUUUAUUUCCACGAACAGAUAAAAAGUAGGAAGUGAUUAUACUUUUUCGCAAACCGAUCACAUCAGCGGAUUGCAGAUAUCGCGUCGCGCGAAAAAAUUCCCCUAGUGGAAACCCGCUAUAACUAUGGUUAGGGGCCUAUAAUUGUUCUCCAUUUAGACUUCAAUUUUCUGACUCAUUUGUAUAUCACUGUACAUAUGUCAACAUAGUUACUGAUAAGUUUUCCUAAUUUUAAUCCUAAUUUAUCACCAAUUCAAUGAUACCAGUUUAAUUCAUUAUCAAUUGGGAAUUCAAUACC